AUGGCAGCUCGAAGCCUGCUCGCCGUCGCCUUCGCCUUCGCCUUCGCGCUGUUGCUGGCCGCCCCAGUCCGGGCCGCCGCCAGCUCGUCGAUUGUGCCCACCAAGAACUACAUCGACACCAUCUCGGGCUACAUCGAGCUGUCCACCUGCGCCGAAGAUGUGCUCAGCACCGUGGUCAGAGCCCAGCAGAGCGGCUGCGGCGACAACAUGGCCACGACGAGCUACACGUGCUUCUGCACCGACAGCAGCUCCUACUACAGCGCCAUGAUCUCCUCCGAAGUCUCCAACUCGUGCGGCACUGCGGGAUCCGCCCAGGCGUCGAGCGCAAUCGCCGUCUUCGACGGCUACUGCGCGCUUGGUGUUGAGCACGGUCUGUCCACCACCACAUCCGACACCCAAACCUCCUCUACCGCCUCGCCCGCCGCCAGCGCUUCGACUGCGCCCGCCACGCAGACUGGAAGCGCCUCGACGUCCGCUGCCUCGGCCUCGGCCACGUCUUCGGCGGCCGGGGCCAGCUCCAGCUCCGACAGUGCGCGGACCGCGGCCAUCGCGGCAGGCGUCGCCGUGCCCGUCGGCGUCAUCGGCCUCGCCCUCGUCGGCUACCUCUUCUACCGCAAGCGCGUGUCCGCCACUAGGGCACACGAGCAGCUGCCCAUGGCCUCGCCGGAGACGGAGAAGGGCUACCCGCCGCAGGAACUGUCGCCUCAAAGCGUCCAGGAGCUGCCGCCGCACCAGCCGCGCCAGGUGCACGAGCUUGAUGGGAACGUGAGGCACGAGGUAGCUGGGGACGCGGGGAAGAGUGGUGCUGCAACCAUCAAUGUGGGCCGACCCGAGUGA